CCAGCGCCAGGCCCAAAAAUUUAGGUAGGGAAAGGAAAAAAAUCCUCAUUAACCCCACCUACAUUGACCUGACAACCACCGCACUUCCCAGGUUCCUAUAACUUCUUCUACUUUCGCCUACUCGAUACCCCUUACUUUUUCCCAAGUCGACAACUUCUAAUCAGACAAAAUGGGUUUCGCUGAUGUUCUUACCGAUGCUGGAGCUACCAUGCUCAACAGCUGGUUGACCACCCGCUCCUACAUUGUUGGCCAGGGCCCUUCCCAGGCUGAUGUUGCCGUCUUCAAGGCUUUCUCUGCUGCCCCCGACGCCGAGAAGUACCCCAACGCCGCUAGAUGGUACAAGCACAUCGCCUCCCACGAGAGCGAGUUCGCCACUCUCCCUGGUGAUGCCUCCAAGGCCUACACCGUCUACGGCCCUGAGUCUGGUGACCUCGCCAUCAACCCCGCUAAGGCUGAGGCCGAGGAGGAGGAGGAUGUCGACCUCUUCGGCUCUGACGAUGAGGAGGAGGACGCUGAGGCUGCCAAGAUCCGUGAGGAGCGUCUCGCUGCUUACAGAGAGAAGAAGGCCGCCAAGCCCAAGACCAUUGCUAAGUCUGUCGUCACCCUUGACGUCAAGCCUUGGGAUGAUGAGACCGACAUGAAGGCUCUCGAGGAGGCUGUCCGUGGCAUCGACAAGGACGGUCUCGUCUGGGGUGCUUCCAAGCUCGUCCCCGUCGGUUUCGGUAUCAAGAAGCUCCAGAUCAACCUCGUCAUUGAGGAUGAGAAGAUCUCUCUGUCCGACCUUGAGGACGAGAUCCAGGCUUUCGAGGACUACGUCCAGUCCACUGACGUUGCUGCCAUGCAGAAGCUGUAAAAAGCUUUCAGCAGUAGCGUGUCUGGCGUAGAUGUAUGAGGCAUGAUAAAAGGGAAUGAUGACUCCGAUGAUGAUAUUUAAAGUCUUUACGAUGCUUCAUUUGUAUUGGAGUCUUUGCCAUGACUGGCCUCGUACAAGCUAUUAUAGACAUGAAAAUAAAAGUAUAUGAAAUGCC